AUGGCGAGUAGUGAGGCAGAUACACCGGUUCGGACAGCUAAUAAUGAAAGCGAUCGUGGAAAUGACAAGGAUCUCGAAGAGGGCAAGGCUCCGGCAGGGGACGAAGCUCUUGAAGAGAACGAGGCUCCUGAGGAGGACGAUGCUCCUGAAGAGGACAAGGCUCCUGAAGAGGACGAGGCUCCUGAAGAGGACGAGGCUUCUGAAGGGGACGAGAUCGAAGUGGUGGCAAUUAAGGGCAAACAAAGAGCCAAAAGAGUUCAAACCAGCAUCUAUGAUUGCACAAAGUUAUACAGAAGUUUAAAAAAAGGAGUGAAACUUGAUUUUGUAACUGAACGCUUCACGGCGGACAAAAAGAAUCCAGCGAAAUUGGCUUCUUGUAAUUAUUGCGGUAGUGGUAAGAUUUACACAUGGAAUAAAAGGCAAGCAAGCAACGCCUUGAUCCACUAUGAGGGCACGCAUGAGAAGGAGUAG